GCAGUCUCUAGUAGGAACAAACAGCGCCAAUGUGCUAAUCUCUUCUCUAUUGGGCUCGGCAAUCCUGACCCGAUCAAAGACGUAGCUGCCCCCAAAUUUCCCCUCGCGGAGCCACGCGGAUCGAGUCCCCGUCGAAUUCGCCUCUGCCACCUGCUCGAUCCGGUGGCCGCGAACUCGCCGCUGUCGGAUCGUUUCCGCCGGGGUGAUUAAGCUACGGGAUUUGUAGAGAUCUAGGCGAGCCGCGGGCAGCAGCCAUGAGCGAGGUGUUCGAGGGAUACGAGAGGCAGUACUGCGAGGCCUCCGCCUCGCUCUCCCGCAAGUGCACCGCUGCCUCCGCCCUCGAUGGAGAGAAGAAGAAGCAGAAGCUGUCCGAGAUCCAAUCCGGCAUCGAGGAAGCUGAAUCGCUGAUUCGGAAGAUGGACCUGGAGGCAAGGAGCCUACAGCCUAGCAUAAAGGCUGGUUUGCUUGCAAAGCUGAGGGAGUAUAAAUCUGACCUUAACAACGUCAAGAGUGAGCUUAAGAGGAUAUCAGCGCCCAAUGCCAGGCAGGCUACCCGGGAGGAGCUCCUGGAGUCUGGAAUGGCUGAUACUCUUGCGGUGUCUACUGAUCAGAGGGGAAGAUUGAUGAUGACAACUGAAAGACUGAAUCAGUCCACUGACAGAAUUAAAGAGAGCCGAAGAACUAUGUUGGAGACAGAAGAACUUGGUGUCUCAAUUCUUCAGGACCUUCACCAACAGCGACAGUCACUACUACAUGCUCAUACUACUUUGCAUGGAGUCGAUGAUAACAUUGGCAAGAGCAAGAAGAUCCUGGCUGCAAUGUCAAAGAGGAUGGAUAGGAACAAGUGGAUCAUUGGGGGAAUUAUCACGGCUCUCGUUCUGGCCAUCCUUCUCAUACUCUACUUCAAGCUCGCUCAUUAAGCCUGCCUGCAGGUAGGUUAUCCCCACAUAUCUGUGUUCAGUAAUUGUGUGAUAAGAGUUGUCUGAAUGAUGUGUAUUGAGCAACACGUGUCUCUCGGAGCAUCAUUUGUUCCCCCCCAAACCUGUAAACUUCCGUGGCUCAUGUUGUGUACAGUCAAGAUACUUCCAACUAUGUAAACUGUCUAAAGAGUGAAAAAAAAUUACUUGUGUUGAGUA